GACUGGUGGGUGACCCCGGCGCCGCGCUGCCGCUGACCUCGCGCGACCGGUGACCUUUCGCGAUAUGCGUCGGCAGUCCGCCUGCUGACCGACUGCACAGCGAGCCCCGGCCGAGCGCACCGGCCGUGCGCGAUGCCCGCGUCCAUGGAGGACGACCAGGCGGACGGCCUGGCGCCCACGUUCGCCAAGAAGCCGACCAUCGAGCAGGCGCCCGACGGCAAGCGACUGACGUUCGCGUGCCGCGUGCUGGCCGACCCCCGGCCGACGCUCUCUUGGUUCCGGGAUGGAGUACAGGUGCAGGACUCCGCCCGGCACAAGAUGAAGGUGGAGAAGGAUGGAAAAUCCUAUUCCGCCACGUUGGAAAUUCGUGACGCCACAGUCGAUGAUGCUGGCAAGUACAAGGUCAUCGCCAAAAACGAACUUGGCGAGAGCAAUGCGACAAUUGGCCUUAACUUUAACACCGAGGAGCCGCCAGCGCAGCAAGAGAAUGUGGGGCGGCCCUCCUUCACGGAGAAGCCGGUCAUCCGGCAGGCGGCGGACGGCUCGUCCGUGACGUUCGAGUGUCGGCUGACUGCUGACCCGCAGCCCUCGAUGCAGUGGUAUCACAAAUCCACAUUGAUUAAAGAAAGCAGUAGACACAAAAUGAGCAUCACUACGGAGAGCAAGCUGAAGUACAAGGCAUCGUUGCAAAUCUUCGGCAUCCAGGCGUCCGACGGAGGGGAAUACAAGGCUGUUGCCAAGAAUAAGAACGGAGAGGGCUCGGCGAGCAUCAAUCUCAACAUCGCUGGAGACGAGGAGGAAGCCAAAGAGCCCAGCGGCGGUGCUCCGCGCUUCCCGAAGAAGCCAACUAUCCGGCAGGAGGGCGACGAUCUGGUGAUGGCCUGCGUGAUGGAGGCCAACCCCAUGCCCGUCAUUACGUGGUACCACGGCACCAAGGUUGUCACGGCCUCCUCGCGCCUUCGGAUAGCUAGCAAGGAGACUAGCAAGGAUACGUAUUUGCUCACUUUGACUGUGUCUUCACCGACCCAAGAGGACGGUGGCAAUUAUCGUUGUAACGCCCGCAAUAAGAUUGGGGAGAGCAACGCCAACAUAGCGCUCAACUUCCAAGCUAGCGAGGAGCCCUGACAAGGCCCCGGCGGGCAAGGCCCCGUCUUUCACCGACAAACCGAAGAUCACAUCGAACGAAUCGGGUUCGCUCAUCACGAUGAAGUGUCGCGUGCGCUCCUCUUCGAAGCUCGACAUCACCUGGCACAAGGCCACCGAGGUGGUGCGCGCCUCUUCCCGCAUUAGCAUGCGCACGACGCCACUCAAGGACGGCGAGUACGAGGUCGUGCUGGAGCUGAAGGACCCGACGGCGGCCGACGGCGGCAAGUACCGCUGCACGGCCAAGAACGAAUUCGG